CGCGCAUUUACGACAAGAGGUGGCUCACGGUACAUUAUAAAGCAGUUAGACUUAAGGACUCAAUCUCCGCGGAAAAGUAUAAAAAGAUUAUCGUGUUAGCUGAAAGGUCCAUUGAAACAACAUGAGACUAUUGUUCGUGGCCGUACUAAUCGCUUUCGGUGGAUGUCUCACAGCUCCGACUGGAGAUUACAGCACAACGCAUACUUCUGAAACCGUUGAAAUUACAUCAGACAGAAAUGAUAACCGGCCAAACACUAAUGUACCAACAACAGCACCAGAAACGUUGCCCUCCGAGCCUACCAGUCCAUUGCAGACUACGCAACUUACUGGUAGAAAAAGGAAAAAAAAGGCACGAAGACGGAAAAACAAAUUGGGAAUUCCAUCGGAAGACUUGAAUGCCAUAAUCGUUCAAAAAAUCCAGCACAUAGAAUCUAAUAAAAAAGAAUGUGACUGGAGAAUGGGGAAAUAUUAUGAUUUUACAACGAAGGAUUGUGGACGGUGCUACCCUCAAUGUGAAUUCGAGAAAGACUUAUGCGGAAUUGGAUGUGCUGCUUACUUCGAAAACGAAAAGAACAAAAAAAAUUCAGACCGGAACAUGAUCAUAGGUGGACUUGGGGUUGGAUUAGCGUUACUUUUUGCGAUACUCUGCAUUGGCUUGUUAUGUUCUCUUCGUUCGACACAGAAAGGAUAUAAAAAACAGGGAAAACGAUUAAAAGACAUGGAAGACAGAAAUCGAGACUCACCUAAUUCCGACAAAAAAUUGAUUCAAGCAACUGCACAAGAUUGCGGCUACAAUGAGGAAGACCGCGGAGAUGGAGAUUCUGCUCCUAAUCUUCUGCCAAAUGCUCAGGACAGGGACUGAUUGAAUCUCACAAUGACAAAAUCACCAAUAUUCGUAUUAAAAAAUUUUGAAUUUCAAAUCCAACGGACAAAUUAUUUUCGUGAUGUUUCUACUCUACCAGAUUUAAGACGUAAUCUUCAACUUGAAAACUCUUGAAAGAGACUUUUUAUCAACGCAAAGAUGAAUCGAAAAUAUUUGAACAAAACUAAAUACACCAUGUGCUAUUUGGUACAACUAUAUGCACACGCUUUUGUGUAUAUAUAUACAGUACUGGCAUAUUGCUUAGGUCUUCUAUUCUUGUUGCUUGUUACACAUUUUGUUUGUUAAUUUUUUAUUGUGACUUCAUUUUGCAUGUAUGGAGUAGCCAGUGCAUAAUUAUAUCUACGUGUUUUAAGCAUGUAAAAUUCUAGAAUUAAACAGUAGGUAUGUACAUAAUAAUGAAAAUGGUACCCAAACUAAUUCGAAAUAAUAUGUUACAUCUUUUUCCCAUAUGUAAAACAUAAUUUUUUUCCAGAUACGACUAUUUUAAUCUGCUGAUAGAAUAAAAAUGUGAAUUUGUCAAAACAAUGA